GUAGGGAUGUGCAGUGUUUAAGUGUACAAGGUUAGGUAUGUAAAAUGAAAACUGUAAGAUUGCAGAAUCUUAGAAAGGCGUGAAACAAAGUUCCGGAUAAUUUGUAUAAAUUUAUCUGAAAAAAUUUUAUGGACAAUAACGGCAAUGGUGAGAUAACAAUUGUGAAAGAGAUACAUUGUGUAUGUUUUAUGAGUUUAUAAAUCUUAUGCAAAAUGACUGAUACAAAUGCUACGGAAGUGGCAACUAAUAUAAAAGAAAAUGAGAAAAAUCCUUAUGCAUAUCUGGAUAGAGAUUUCACAUCUGAAAAAUAUAAGAUUGAAGUGCGUGGAUUGCCUAAGUAUUAUGGAAUUGGCGAAUUUAAAAAGCUUCUCAAUGAAAAGCUAGAAUUGCAGUCGUGCAAAGUAAAACCACCUAGAAGAGGCAGUGGAUGGUUAUAUGUAUGUUUUAGGAGUGAAGAGUGUCGUCAAAAAGCAAUUGCUACUAUAAAUGGAAUUUUAUGGAAAAAUAAUAAACUUACAGCACAGGUAGCUAAGCCAGCGCCAGAUCCCUUUGUAAAAAGAAAACUAGAAGAGGAAUCUAAUGUUAAUAAACAUUUGAAGACUCAUGAUGAAACUUCAAAUGAUUCUCCCACAGACAGAAUUAAAUCUCAAACUAUUCCUCUGUGGAAGAUGCCAUAUUCAGAACAGUUGGAACUCAAGCAGAAGCAAAUGGAGACUAUUUUGAUAAAUAUGGGUGAUCAAAUGCUCAAAGAAAAUAAAGCACUGACAGACUGGAUAAUUUCACAGAAAAAAAUGUACAACGGUUUGCCUUGCAAAUUGCAGAAUAUACUUUCAACAAAUACUAUUGAAGCAUAUAGAAAUAAAUGCGAAUUUACAGUUGGUAAAAAUAGUGAUCAGAACAAAGUUAUGAUCGGUUUUAGAUUAGCAAGUUAUGCUUCAGGUUCCACAGCAGUUGGACCUAUAGAUGAUCUCUGCCACAUUCCUGAAAGUAUGAAGUCUGCUGUAAAGAUACUAGAAACGUUUAUACACGAAUCUAAUUUAGAACCCUUCAAUCCGGUCGACCACAGCGGAUACUGGAGACAAGUCACCGUUCGAACUACCCGCGCCAAUCAUUUGAUGCUGAUAGUAGCGAUACAUCCUCAAGAUCUUAGCGAUGAGGAAUUACAGAAGUUAAAAUCGCAGCUUCGAAUAUUUUUCGAAACGGGAAAAGGCGUUGACGCUCAUGUCACUUCAUUAUAUUUUCAGCUAAUAGACAAAAAAAGUACAGGUAGCGAGACCAGUGAUUCCUUGUAUCAUAUUAGCGGUACGGAAUACAUAGAAGAGACGUUGCUUGGAAUAAAGUUUCGAGUUUCUCCUCAAGCGUUUUUUCAAGUCAAUCCAUUAGCAGCGGAAAUUUUGUACAAGGCGGCAAUUGAUUUAGCUGAACCUACAACGGAUACGUCGUUGCUCGAUGUAUGUUGUGGCACUGGAACCAUAGGUAUUUGCUUCUCGAAGUAUUGCGGUGAGGUAUUGGGAAUAGAAAUUAUUCCCGACGCUAUAAAGGACGCGAAAGAAAACGCUGUCAAAAAUGGUAUUACCAAUUGCGAAUUUUUCGUCGGUAAAGCGGAAGAUCUUUUGGCGCCUGCUAUUCAGAGAACAACAAAGUCUAAUAUCAUCGCCGUUGUCGAUCCACCGCGAGCCGGUCUACCUCAAAAGGCUUUAUUGACGUUGCGUAAGGCCAAAAAGCUGAACAGAGUAAUAUAUAUAUCGUGUAAUCCCCGUGCCGCCAUGAAAAAUCUAAUUGACUUGGCGCGACCUAGCUCUAAGCAAUUUCUCGGUGAACCCCUAAUACCGGUAAAAGCCAUUGCGGUGGACAUGUUCCCUCACACCAACCAUUGCGAACUGAUACUGUGUCUUGAAAGGUUGUCUAACGCGAUGAAAUUAAACAAAUAAAUGAUCUAAAGAAGAUAUGAAGAAUAAAGAACGCUUUGAAUGCUUCAUUAAUAUUUGUUUGCACACUUUUCGAUUAUAUGCACAUAUUGUUUUUUUUGUUUUUUUUUUUUUUUAAUUUUACAUCAGAAUUUGUGACAUAGACAAUUAUUUGUUAUUGGAAAAGAAAGUUAUCAGUAAAAUGAUUGUCUAUCUUCUUAAAUAAGUACGUUACACAGUUUGUUUGUGUAAUUAUUUCAAUAUUAUUUUAUAACUUGUGUGUGGUACGAGAAUAUUGUACGCGCGCGCGUAUAUAUAUA